AUGUCCAAAAGCAUCAGAUUUCCAUUAGUGAGUAAAACUGUAAGUGUUGACAGAAGUAAGGAAAUUACAAGAAAGAAGGAUUAUUUGGACUUGGAUCAAUUGGACCGAAAUUGCGCUUACACUCUCGAAGAGUUUGAAAUUAUAAGUGAUCAGCUCAAACAUCGUUCUUUGAAAACCAAAGUUGAUAAAUCUGGCGAAAUUGUUUAUAUUAAUCACUUCGAACUUGAUAAAUCUGGAAAGUUGGUUCCCAUACCACCAACACCAAUUUUCAAGGAAGUUGCUGUUGUGAAGAUUUGUACCCAAAUUAACAGUUGGAACGUUCGUGCUGGUCAAAACGGUGUUAUGACUAGUUCACAGGAAGGAUUUCUAAUUGAAACAGGUAAGGCUCGAACACUAGAUGUCGCCUUUAUGCCAAAAGAAACUUAUCGCAAUCUAACUGUUGAGCAAGACUCUUAUUUUGUGUUAAAUAUAUCUGUUGAGCUCGAUUGGCUAAUUGAUCCUAUUAAUGAUGAGAUUUGGGUCUACAAGCAAAACCUCACAAACGGCAAUGUCUUUUGUCGUCACAGUGAUUGGGGAGACUUGGAUGGAGGUGAUACUUUGCCAGGUUUUAAGCUGAAAGUAUGGAAAGUAAAAGUGGCAAUUUUGCAAGAACUGUCAGAGUCAGAGCCUUCGGAAUCAGGAGACGAAAAUACACAUCCCUGCCAUUUGUGUUUACAGACUUUCAGCGAACUUUGUUACUUAAUCGAGCAUUUGGAAGAUGAUCAUGUACGUAAGAAAUGGAUUAGUAGAGGUUAG